AAUGCACAUAAUCUGACCAACACAAAUUAAUUUUACACCUUUGUAUUGAUUCUCCAAUGACGGGGCAUCCCUUCAUUGUGGUCAUAGACUGGCUAUUUGGACCUUUAGCUUCAACUGACAUCUCAAGUCCUUCCCCAGAUGUGCCAUCGUGCACGCAGAGGGGGAACGCUUUCCACCAGCCUGUAUCCUGUGACAAAUGCCGUUGUGUGGAAGCUUUGCCUGAUGCAAGUAUCAACCAUAUCGUAACCGAGCUGAGCUGUUGGAGUCAUGCAACAUGAGUGCAUCUAUAACAGUGAGCUGUCUGCACCGGGCUGUGUGGGGGGUGAGACGAGCUCCUCACUCUGCCGGCACAGGGGACCGGAUCUGAACGGACCGGACAGGACCGGAUGGUGCUGGACUGACCAGAACAGAACUUGGCAGUCAGAGACUGAAUUCAGUGGGGGAGGAGAACAUCAGAGACAUCUUGUUUAGGAGGAAAGGUUGAGUGAACUGAGGACUGAGGAGGUGACCGCAGGGGUAGCGCGAUGGCAGGGCAGGUGCUCCCCGCCCCUCUCCCCCUCUUCCUGCUCCUUCUUGUUGUGGUGGACGUGCUUCCCGUGGCCAUGGGCUCUGGCUACCUGUCGGGAUACCGCCUCAGGUCUCGUCUGCAGAGGGACCGUCACGUUCGCAACGUCCGACCCAACAUCAUCCUGAUCCUCACUGACGAUCAGGACAUAGAACUGGGUUCAAUGCAAGCAAUGAACAAAACUCGGCGCAUCAUGGAGAAGGGUGGCGCGCACUUCUCAAACGCCUUCUCCACCACGCCCAUGUGUUGCCCAUCCCGCUCCUCCAUCCUGACGGGGAAGUAUGUGCACAACCACCACACCUACACCAACAAUGAGAACUGCUCCUCGCCGUCGUGGCAGGCCCAUCACGAGCCGCACACCUUUGCCGUGCACCUCAACAACUCUGGCUACAGGACAGCCUUUUUCGGAAAGUAUCUGAAUGAGUACAAUGGCUCCUAUGUGCCCCCUGGUUGGAAGGAAUGGGUAGCACUGGUGAAGAAUUCACGCUUCUACAACUACACCCUCUGCAGGAACGGCGUACGAGAGAAACACAGCAGCAACUACUCAAAGGACUACCUGACAGACCUCAUUACCAACGACAGCGUCAACUACUUCCGCAUGUCCAAGAAGAUGUACCCCCAUCGUCCCGUCAUGAUGGUCAUGAGCCACGUCGCUCCGCACGGCCCAGAGGACUCCGCCCCGCAGUACAGCUCUGCCUUCCCCAACGCAUCGCAGCACAUAACCCCCAGCUACAACUAUGCCCCCAACCAGGACAAGCACUGGAUCCUACGCUACACGGGGGCCAUGAAGCCCGUCCACAUGCAGUUCACCAACAUGCUGCAGCGCAGGAGGAUGCAGACCCUGCUGUCUGUGGACGACAGCGUGGAGAAGGUGUACAACAUGCUGGUGGAGACGGGGGAACUGGACAACACCUACCUCAUCUACACCUCAGACCACGGCUACCACAUCGGCCAGUUUGGUCUGGUCAAGGGAAAGUCAAUGCCUUACGAGUUUGACAUCCGCGUUCCCUUCUAUGUCCGAGGACCUAAUGUGGAGCAUGGUACCAUUAAUCCUCAUAUAGUGUUGAAUGUAGACUUGGCACCGACUCUGCUCGACAUGGCCGGUAUUGAUAUCCCUGCAGAAAUGGAUGGCAAGUCUAUCCUCAAGCUGCUGGACACAGACAAACCAGUCAAUAGAUUCCAGUUGAGCAGAAAGGGUAAAACAUGGAGAGAUUCGUUCCUUGUGGAGAGAGGGAAGCCUCCACACAAGAGAGCUGAUGGGAAGGAAAUGGCCCAGGAGGAGAACUUCCUGCCAAAAUACCAACGGGUGAAGGACUUGUGCCAGAAGGCAGAGUACCAGACUUCCUGCCAGCAGCCGGGACAGAAAUGGCAGUGUGUGGAGGACCCAACUGGCAAGCUGAGGCUGUAUAAGUGCAAGGGCAUGGCCAGUCUCUUUGCCCCACGUAUGCAGGCUCUGAUGGCCAGCGGUGCCUCCCAGCUGUCCCUCACGGCCAACUCGGACAGCUGUAACUGUGGAGACGUGGGCCUCAAAACAUCGGUCCUGAAGAGGAAGAGGCUGCUCACCAAGAAGAAUUCCUCUGUCUCGUCUUAUUCAGAGACGAAAUCCAUCAAGGCCGACUCGAAGAAGCGCUGGGCUCGUUCUGUGUCCUUCGAGCUGGACGGAGACCUGUACGCCGUGGACCUGGAGGAGGGCUACCGGCCCCUUGGAUCCCGGAACAGCAGCUGGAACAGAGACGUGAGGACGGGGGCAGGACAUGAGGAGGACAACGACGAGUUCAGUGGUAUGGGAGUCACGGCAAAACCCACCGGCAGCAGCAGACUCACACCACCUGCUUCUCUUAAAGUCACCUACAGAUGCUCCAUUCUUAUGAACGACACAGUCAAGUGUGAUGGAGGACUCUACAAGUCCCUUCAAGCAUGGAAAGACCACAAACUGCACAUUGAGCACGAGAUUGAAACACUGCAGACCAAAAUCAAGAACCUGCGUGAGGUCAAAGGUCACCUGAAAAAGGUGCGGCCAGAGGAAUGUCAGUGUAACACUCCCAGUUAUGUCCUGAAGCCAAAAGACACUCUCCGGCUAAAUGCAGGACGCAUGCACUCACUUAGAAUGCCGUCCAAGCAGAAGAGUCAGUGGCUGCAGAAGGAUCAGAAGCGCCGGAAGAAACUGCGCAAAUUCCUCAAAAGGCUCCAGAACAACGACACUUGCAGCAUGCCCGGCCUGACCUGCUUCACCCAUGACAACCACCACUGGCAGACUGCCCCCUUCUGGACAAUGGGUCCAUUCUGUGCAUGCACCAGUGCCAACAACAACACCUACUGGUGCCUCAGGACCAUCAAUGACACGCACAACUUCCUGUUCUGUGAAUUUGCCACUGGCUUCCUGGAGUAUUUUGACAUCAACACUGACCCGUACCAGCUGAUAAAUGCUGUCAGCACCCUCGACCGCAACGCUCUGAAUGCAAUGCAUCAACAGCUCAUGGACUUGCGAGGCUGCAAGGGACAUAAGCAGUGCAACCCUGAGAAGGGAGGAAAAGAGCGAAACUACUUCAGUGAAUACAGGCCAGUUCAUCGUCGAAAGAGGCCAAAAGUGAAGAAGCCUUCGUCCAAGUCGCUAGGGCAGAUUUGGGAAGGGUGGGUUGGUUAACCGCCUGCAUCCUACAACCAAGCACAUCGGCCCCCUCCGGCAGAGGAUGGAUAUGGGGGAGUGCAGGCAAACCCAAGGACUUUGACUACACUUCGAUGGACCAUAACCUGAGAAUACUCUAAUCUGGGUUUUACUUCUUGAGAGAGCUGCUCCUUGUAGCCCCUCACCCAGACAGAGGAGAGACGUUGAGGCCGAGAGGAAGCGUAAAGACUCUACAAUUGUCCGUUCUACCUUUGCAAACAUUUCACACACAUUCGCGUCCUCUGUUACCCACCCAGCUGUCAGGACUGUUAACAUCAACAUGAUGCUGUGAAGCAGGUGGGGGGCAGUUUGGUAUACACGAGCCUUUCAGUCUAACCGCACCGCUUGUAGAUUUAUGUAUAUCAGCUUUUAUCAGCUUUCUUUCAUCGUCACAUGACAUUAGGUGGCAACGUGACAACACACCGCUGCUACGCAACGAUGCCACGGCCUCAUGUCUCAGUGGCACAUGCUUAAAUCAUCAGUGCUUGGAGUCACAACAAGACACGCUUUCUUUCUCUGCACCGACGUGUCUGCUCAUGGAAGUGGUUCAGACUUUUCAAACAGCCGACGGUAACCAACUCUUUCGCCAUAAUGUUUUGUAUCAUAGUUGAUCUUAAUGCUGAUGAUUGUCCGUAAUGAAGCACCAUCCUCCUGAGAGGCUGUGAGAUGUGAGGUGACUCACCUUGAACGGCCCCGACACUAACCACUAUCUCACAAUAAUACAGUCCAAAACCUCCAGAAUGUGUCAUUUAGUGAACUUUGCAUUGUCAGUACCACACUGUAGGAGUAUCCAAAAAGUUUGUUCAGCUCGCUAUACAUGGUGCUACAGAAUAACAAUUUCAGAAACGGGAGUCUCGCUGUACAGUACAGUAUGUAUUUGAAUGUAUGUUGUGCAAUUAAUAUAAAUGUUUACAAUAUUUUUUAUAAUCCUGAAGAGGCAGACUUCAUUGUGCGAUAUGAGCUGACAAAAGGAACUUGUAGUGAGAAAUGUAGCCUGAGAAAUGUAAUAGCCCUCAAUUUGUAUGUUAGUCUUUUCCUUAUUUACAUUAGAAAAGCACUUAAAGGGUUCACUGUGAAGUUGCUCCAUGUACAUUUGAUGGAUGUAUAGUUUACUCUGUGCCGGAGGAAAAACACAACGGUGUAAUACUUAUCGAUGUGAACUUUAGCUAUUUUGCCUUCGUAAGCUUCUUUGUUUGUUUGUUUUUUAAGCAAACAUUUCCAUAGACCUGAAUGCUGGUAGUAGUCGUGAAUAAAGUGUUGACCAUAAA